AUGACUCAGCGAAAAUACCUUAAAGUCUAUUUAGAAAAAACCUCGACACCAAAAUUAAUGUACAAUAUGAACGAAGAAUCACGCCAAACCAAGGAUGAAGGGGCACUACAAAAUGGAGUUCACCAACAGAUUACUGGAACAGAAAAUGGAAAUGUGCUUUUAGUAGCCCACGAGCUUGCGAUGGCAGGCGAUGAACUGACAAAGCAGUUUUCAAAAAAGGAAGUCGAGCAAGACACGGUUUGGGACAAUGUGAAACGUUAUGCUCUUAUCGUUACAUUUCGUUUGCUAUUUGGCCUUGCCUAA